CCUUUCUGUGUGGAGCAGGGCGAAGUCUAAAAACGGAGGGAGAUCUCUGAGGGAGAAACUGGACAAAAUAGGAUUAAACCUGCCUGCUGGGAGGCGUAAAGCUGCUAACGUUACUUUGCUCACGUCGCUCGUGGAGGGAGAAGCAGUACAUCUAGCUAGAGAUUUUGGGUACGUUUGUGAGACAGAAUUUCCUGCCAAAGCAGUAGCUGAAUUUCUCAACCGACAACAUUCCGAUCCAAACGAGCAAGUCACAAGAAAAAACAUGCUUCUAGCUACAAAACAGAUCUGUAAAGAGUUCACCGACCUGCUGGCUCAGGACCGAUCUCCCCUGGGGAACUCGCGGCCCAACCCCAUUUUGGAGCCGGGCAUCCAGAGCUGCCUGACCCACUUCAACCUCAUCUCGCACGGCUUCGGGAGCCCGGCAGUGUGUGCUGCCGUCACUGCCCUGCAGAACUAUCUCACCGAGGCACUCAAGGCCAUGGACAAAAUGUACCUCAGCAACAAUCCCAACAGCCACACAGACAACAACACCAAAAGCGGCGACAAAGAGGAGAAGCACCGAAAGUGAGGACCCCCCUUCCUCCUCUCCCUUCCCCCUCAUAGCCCAUCGAUCCAUUCAUCUCCCUCCUCCCUCUCCCUGCACCCAGCACCCCAGGCUACAGCAACAGAAUGAGCGUCCUUCUGCCAGCCCUGUUCUCUGACUCUGCAGGACUGCUUUGCCCUCUCCCCACGCCCUUGCCCAGCAUCCACUCUUCCAUUUGCUCCCUCUUAACUUCCUCCCCUUCUCCCCGCCGCCACCAUCGUUUGACCCCAGUUUGGAGCCUAAGAGAACAGAACAGGGGGACGGAGCCAGCAAAGAAAAAAAAGUUCUGUCUUGAGUUUGUGAACUUUUUUUUAAAUAAAACAAAAGGAGAAAAAAAACCCCACAAAAACAAAACAAAAAAGGAAAAGAAAAGGACUUUUUUUUUUUUCUAAAAAUAUAUUAAAAA